ACGCAAGUCGGUACCAUCGUGCAUGGCGCGAACACGAGGGGGCAGUGGGUGGAUGAUACGCACGAUCGGGCUAUCCAGACGCCGACUCGGGCCGCUCCGCAUACUGGCCGCGAAUGGCGCCAACAGGCGCCUUAUCGUUCACGCUCCUCUCGGUGUGACGUCGCUCGGACAGAACCACUCCGGGGGUUCAAUUAAGGUCGAUUGUGUUCAUAAAAGUCCAGAAUGGCAGCAGUGGCGUCGAGCACCACACCCAGAACAUCAUCACUCCAUCGUAGACCAACCCACCUGCGCACGCGACCACAAUGGCUGCCACAAGAGGCCCGAUCCCAGUCCGCUGCCAAGCGGACUGUUUCAACAUGUGCCUUACGCGCCAGACCGACAAAUUUCACUGGAGCAAGCGCGGCGUAGGCAAGGAGAAGGAACGCGACCCCGACCCAGUCGCGCCCCUCAAGCUGCUCGCGCUCGAGUCGGCCAGUCUGCUCGCCGACGAGGGCGAGAAGGAGUUCUGGCACCCAGGGCCACCAAUCCGCAUCUUCACAGCAGGAUGGAGCAAUCUCGACGAGUUCGAAGUCAUCAUGCAGCGUCUCAACGCCUCGCGCAUCGACCGCAUCCUUAUCAACCCAUCUGCACGGGCCCUCGAGUCGCUGUUUGACCGGCUCGCAGUCCCCCAGCUGCGCGUGCUCGACUUCACCGGCCCCUACCUGCCAUGCGAGGUCGUGCCCGCGCUCGUCGACUUUCUGCGCUCGCCACGCUCCCACGGGCUCGAGUACCUCAUCGUGCCGACCGCCAACCGCUCGCCACUGGCCCACUUCAGCGCCAUCAUCCAGGCCCUAACCGAGGGCAACGUGACGCUCAAGGUCGUCUGCGACCGGUCGUGCGGGUUCGAAGACUACCCUCCCGUCAACUGCACGUGCGCCCAGCGCCGCUUCAAGAAGCAAGAGCACUGUAUGGUGGCACGGCAGACACGCGCGUUCAACGAGGUGCUGGAUAGAAACAAGCACCUCACGGAGCGGGUACGCCGAGGCGCGCUGUCGUCGCUCGUCGCCGCGCGCAUCCUCUAUCAUGCGCGGCCAGCAGACUCGGGGCCAUGUCCAAUCAUGGACCUGCCCUCCGAGGUCCUGCAAAACAUUGCAUGGUUCGCGUCGCACGACCCCGAGCCCACACUGUCCGAGUCGCAGUUCUUCAAGAUCAACAAGCACGCGAGCGACCGCGACUCGAUAGCUCCGAUGGCGCGGAUUUUCAACGACGCCGCGGCCGAGGGACCUGGCAAGCUCGCGUCUGCGCGCGACGAGUGGCUCGCGAACGGCGGGUUCUGGGGUGGAGUGGAGCAGAAGGAUGGGACCAUGGCCAGCCCGGAUACGGACCCCGGUAACGAUAGCGACAGCGACGACAGCGCGUCGUCCACGCACGUGUACCACCUGUACUUGACGGCGACUGGCCCAAUCCCAGGGCUCGACUGGGCCGGGCGCGGCGCGCCGCCAUCACAGGAUGGCGACGACGACCUCGCACCGCUGUGGGACGCGCUAGGCGACUCGGGGCAUAUCUGGGACCGGUCGUCGACUUGGGUGCCCGUGCGGUCCAGUAUCGAGGCGGCUAUCGACUGGUCGAGCCCGGCCGAGCUCGCGCCGCUCCUCGAUGCGCUCUCGCGCUCCCGCGUCGCCUGUCUCAAGCUGUACUCGCAAGCGCCCCCGGAGCCGACCGACGCGCUGCUGGUCGCCCUCCUGCCGCUGCUACCCCCCGACGUCCGCUUCCUCCAGCUACACGUCAACCUCUCCGUGGCCGCCGUGUUCCGGCUGCACCAGUUCCUCGUGGACGACGCGCGCGCCCAUAGCGUAGAGUACCUCGCGCUCGAGGGGUACGCGUUCAGCACGCUCCUGCAGCACGAUGUGCGUGGGCUGCGGGAAGCGAACGGCGCGCUCCGCCGCGUGUGCCAUGAGAACUGGCAUGUGCCGCGCUUUCUCUGGCCCGGGCCGUGUCUGUGCCAUGUGGGCAGUCGCGUCGGGACAAAGAUCACGCGGUCCAACUUUGUGCGUUAUCUCGAGGACAACGCCGGCGCGACGGCCGACCUGCGGCGCGGCGUGAUGCGCACGCUGGCCACGGGGCGCGUGGUGCUCCGCGGCAAGACACGCGACGGCUCGACGUCGGCCCACCUCACCCGCCUCCCGCGCGAGCUGCAGCUCCACAUUCUCCACUUGGCCGCCGACGCGGGCAUGACCCGCCCGCAGGUCGCCCGCGCGCUGCAGCACGCCGCCGACGCGGAGCGCUUCAAGGCCGUCGCGCGGGUCAUGCGCACCGCCCGCGCGGACGGCGGCAUGCGCGCGCUCGCGAGCGCGUGGGCCGAGUGGCUCGGCAACGGGGGGUUCUGGCCCGGCGUGUGA